AGCGAGCUGAGGAUCGGUGAGCAGGAACCUCCGAGACCGACUGAGGCACAAGGACGAACCGGGCUCACGGAGGAACGCGAGUAAAUAAAAACAGAGACGUCACGGAAAUAAACAAACAUUCAGCAGCUGGAAAACAAGACGAGGAAAUAACAUCUGCAGCGGGACGGACGCCGUGUGUGUGUGUGUGUCUCUGUGUGUGUGACAGAAAUGGGAGUGUGGUUCUCCUGAUAGAAACAGAACAGCAGUGGAACCCGACCUGCGGACCUGAGGGAGGACAGGCACAGGGCACAGACAUGGCCCACGUAAGCAACGGAGCGAGCGCCGAGGAGGAGGACUGCUUUGAAGAUGCCUACGACCGGAUACCUGCGGCGUGUCAGAUGGACCUGCAGACCGCCAUCCAGGAGACUCAGUGUGCUCUCAAUCUGGUCCUGAACAACAAGUUCUCUGAAGCGCUGGACCUCCUCAAACCAUGGUGGAGGGACAGUAUGUACCAUGCGUUGGGUUACAGCAGCAUCCUGGUGAUGCAGGCGGCCAUGACGUUCGAACACAGAGACAUCCAGACUGCCCUGGCAACCAUCAAGGAGGCGUUACACACCUGUCAGAGGUUCAGGAAGAAGAACUCGAUGGUCGGGUCUCUGUCCAGUCUGAUCAGCAAACAGUCCAACCUGCAGGAAGAGGAGAUGCACGCAGAGAUCUGCUACGCUGAGUGUCUGCUGCAGAAAGCCACGCUCACGUUUGUACAGGAUGAGAACAUGAUCAGUUUCAUCAAAGGAGGCAUCAAGAUUCGAACAAGCUACCAAAUAUACAAGGACUGUCAGAAUGUGCUGAAUGUCACUCAGGACCUGGCCGGCCAGUCUGAUUCGUUCAGACAGUUUGAGGGCGGAGUCAAGCUGGGCAUAGGGUCCUUCAACCUGAUGUUGUCCCUCCUCCCUCAGAGGAUCUUGAGGCUGCUGGAGUUCAUUGGAUUCUCAGGAAACAGGGACUUUGGUUUGUCUCAGCUGAGGGAGGGAGCCUCCAGUCACAGCCUGCGCUCCAUCCUCUGCGCUCUGACUUUGCUCUUUUACCACACAUAUGUUUCACUGAUCCUCGGUACUGGGGAGGGGAACCUGGUGGAGGCUGAAGCUCUGCUGGAGCCGUACCAACACAAGUACCCCAAAGGCUCGAUCAUUCUCUUCUACUCCGCUCGCAUCGCCACGCUGCGAGGAAACUUCGAGAAGGCCCGGGCCAGAUACGAGGAGUGUAUCAGCAGCCAGCAGGAGUGGAAGCAGAUCCACCACCUGUGUUACUGGGAGCUGAUGUGGACACACUCCUACCAGCAGGAGUGGCAGCAGGCGUACCGCUACGCCGACCUGCUGUGCAAGGAGAGCCGCUGGUCCAAGGCGAUCUAUGUGUACCAGAAGGCAGCCAUCCUCAGUAUGAUGUCAGAGGAGGAAGUGAAGAAGACGGGGGAGGACAUCGUUGAGCUCUUUAGGCAGGUGGAGGGGCUGAAACAGCGCCUGGCGGGGAAGUCGAUCCCCACAGAGAAAUUUGCAGUGAGGAAGUCCCGACGCUACAAAGCUGCUCACCCCGUCCCGCUGGUCGUCCCUGCACUGGAGAUGAUGUAUGUGUGGAACGGUUUCACCAUCGUCGGGAAGAGAGCCGACUGCACCGAGGCCCUGCUGGUCACCAUCGAGGCGGCUGAGGAGCAGCUACGCAGCGACCCCGACCCUUCAGAGUUUCACCCAGAUGACAGCUGUCUGGUCCAGAUGUUGAAGGGACUCUGUCUGAAACACCUGGGCAGGUUGCUGCAGGCUGAGCUCUGCUUCACGCAGGUCUUGUCCAGUGAGAGUCGGAUCAGAUAUGAUCACUACCUGAUUCCCUUCACUCUCUAUGAGCUGGGUCUGCUGUAUAAACAACAGGGCGACUUCACCAAGGCCACAACAUACAUUGAAAAUGCCAAGACGAACUACAAAGACUACUCCAUGGAGUCCAGACUACACUUCAGGAUCCACGCGGCUCUCAACAGCCUGAAAGGAUCACCUGCUGGCACCCCAUAAUACUCCCAACCACUCAAACAGCAGCUGGAACCAGCAGCGUAUGAAACCUGACUCCAGAUAUUUCCCUCUCAGUUCAGCUGGAGUGAAUGAAUCUGUGGUCUCCUCCUCUUGAUGAAGUGCAGGUGUGUCAGGGUUUGGAGAUCACAUGUCCACAUGGACCAGUUUUUUCUUCUUUGUUAGCAACUUUCUAUUAUUUUAUCUUAUUCUGUCCUUAUUUAUUUUUCAUUAGCCUUGAAAGAUGAGAUUAUUUAAGCUUGUACCUCUUCUCAAACCGGCUCGGGCUUCCCAUUCGCAUCUGCCAGAGGUUUUAGUGGUGGGUGCACAGCCAUGGUUCAUGACUCUGACAUCUGUGACUGAGAAACAAACCAUGGCCUUAAGCUAAAGUUACAGCUCAUCUGAAAACCUUCGCUCACAGUAACUAUGUUUGUUUCUCAGAUGGAAUCAUCAGUGCUGAUGAAGCACAGCAGGGAGAGGUGUGUGUGUCAGAACACACAGUAUUUAUGCUUUAUACUGUCUUUACUUUGCCUUUUUGAUUUAAUAAUAAUGCAUCAUGUCACAUGUGCACAGAGAACACACGUGUCGGUGCACACGCAAACACAGCCUUCUCACCAACCGUGGCUUAGACAAGCACACGCACACACAGCUACAGUACACACACAGCAUAACACACUCAUUCCAAGCUUGUACAUACAGGGCAACAUGCACACAGGAAACACACACACACACAAAUGUAAACGCACAAAUUCAGCAGCAAUAUAACAGAACUUGUGCUGUUACGGAGUCAGUUAACGUGUCAGUCAUUCUGUCCGUCAGUGUGUGUCCGUGUUAUAUACAAAUACAUAAAAGACUGAAGGCUUUAGAUUCAUCUCAGCGGCCGUCGUCCUGUUCAGAGCUGUUAACGUUAUCACUGUAUGAAUUUGGCUGGAAACAGAAAAGCCAAAGAAGAAGGCUCUUUUCUUCCUCUGUUAUAUUUAGUGGUAUUUUAUUACAUACACUGAAUUAUGGAGAUCAACACACAUGAAAAGCUGUUUUAGAAUCUAUUUAUAUACUGAUAAAUCAAAGAAGCACAAUCUAUGAUAUUCAAUCUGCCCAUCAAUGUUAAAGAUGUAAAUGUUAUAUUAACAGAGAUUUAUUGAAAAGGUACAGUGGUUUUAUAUGAGGUGGGUUUGGGGCGUGGACAGAUGGACAGGUUCAUCUCAGAGCUGGAAACCUGACCCUCAGAAAACUGUUUAACAUCAUAUUAACUCAGCGUGUAACUGAAAAGCAGUGAUUUGAAAAACAGCAGCAGCUUCUUUGCUUCCUGUUUAAACAUCGAGCUGAAGGAUGCACUUUUUUCUUUGCUUGGAUUCGGCUCCAGUAAACAUGGAGCAGCAGUAACUAUCAGCCUUCUCCUUAUAAUGAAUGUAUCAACCUAAAGACCAAAUGACAUGUGUGUCUUGCUGUGUUAUUGUCGUGUGUAUUUCGUGCCUAUGAGUGUUUGGUAUUUUCUCUUUAUGUCUCCGUGUGACCUGAAACUUUACGUCUGAACAAAUUAAGUCACCACAGUCCUGUAUGUAAGAGAUGUUUGAUCAGCUCACGCUAGGAAACUGCCAGCAGAGGUUUUAGCUAAUGUUGCUAAAUAAAGGUUCAGGAAAAACAAACGUAGACUCAGAGAAGAUUAAAGCAGCAGUUGUUGAAAUGAUAGUUUGAUCAGUUCGUUUUCAAACAGACACCAAAUCCUCCGUUUGUCUCCAUGUGCAGUAAAAUAUUGAUUGAACAGAGUGUUUGCUAUUUUAGCAAACACCUCUAGCUAAUGACACGGUGUUCUCAUGUUUCCCGUCACGACUAAUCAUAACAUAGCAUGUGAGUGUUUUAGUAUUCGGUCAUAGCACAGGCACCAGAGCCAGGUGUGUGUUUUUGGUGUGGUAUUUUAAUAUUUCACAGGUCAGCUGAUCAACAUCAGUCACCAAAAUCUUGGCGUCAUCCUUUAAAGUUGCCGCCUUUUACCAUCCAACCCUCUUUUCGUAGGAAGCUCACGUGUUUCAUUUGUCAGUGCCUCUGUGUCUGUGUUUAAACUGUAUUUCUAAAUAGGAUUUUCUAUAGGAUCUGCUUUGCAUGUUAUUCUUAAAUAUGCUUAAUCUCUUUUUUCUAAUAUGAGACAUUACUGUAUGUUAUGUGCUUUACGGCAGGAAGAAAUAUGUCCCAAUAUUACAGGCUUUAUGGUGAGGGAUGAUGAUCCACAUGGUGCAAUAAACCUGAAACAGAAUAUUUGUUCAUUUUGAGUGAGAUAGUGUUUUGUCUUUUACUGCCUGGUUCUGUGUCAGUGAGUCUCACAGCCUUUAUUUAUUCUUUCUUCAGUCUUCUGCAAAGCUGAUCUGUGCUGCGCCGUCUUGUCUUUCAUUUACUUAAAUGUGUAUAUUUUUUAAGUACUAAUCCGGGUUUUGCAGUCGAAGUCAUCAUUCCAGGUUCUGUAAUAUUAGCAGUGUAUAUAAUCUGUACAGUCGUAACAGGAAGUGAGCCCCAGUCAGAAGUGAAUCUGCCGGCUAAGUCUCUGAACACAGUACAACAGCCUCACAGGUUUCAGCCAUCACAUGUUGGUGGACAGAAAUGUUUGUGUGUGUUAUGUAUGAGUAAUGUGUAUUAUAACUGCAAUACAUGAUAAAGUGUAUUGUCCUAAAUUACUAUGUGUGCAUUUCAAAAGCCAUAACAGUUUUGCUCGUUGCCUUUACACAGUCGAGGACACAGAUUCGUCCUUUUCUUCCUUCUUCCCACAGAUUAUGACUCUGACUCAUCAGCUGAUCAGGAAUCUGUACCAAAGUCUGAGUCCUGUUGGUUAAAAGUGUGAAUAAAUGUGAUUCAAUUUCCUCUUAUGUUUCCAAAGCAAACUAACCCAGCCAAAAAUAAUAAUUUAGCUGGAUUCAAGCACAUUUGGGUCCAAACGGGUCUGAAGCCUGUAUCGUGUUUGGUUAAUCGUGGUCUUCAGUAAGUUUGGUUUUGAUUUUCUAACAUUAUGACUGAAUGUGAUCCUGGAUCUGUCAGCAUGAAGUGAAAACACAGAACCAAAUAAAUUCAUCUGAGCUGAAAGACCAGUUCA